AAGAAAUGCCGGUUACAACCAGAGGAAGGAGCAGCGGCCUCAAACGCAAGAAGAUGUUAGAGGAAAGCAAAUCAGAGAAAGUCCUCAGGAUUGAGGAUAUUGAAGCAGAGGUGGAGACUCCCAAAGAGAAGCCAGUGGCAGAGCAUCAGCAAGAGAAUAAAGACGAAGUUGCUGCUGUUGCUGAAUCCGACAAAGAGGAGUUAGCUGAGGAUGUCAUUGACACAGCCACAGAGGACACAGCAGUAGAGCCUGAGCUUGGAGAGGAGAUUGGAGAGACUGUUACAACACGGACACUUCAGAUUCAGAAAGCCUCUGUGUUGCUGGUGGACCUGAAAGAAACCUUGCAACCACAAGUGGAGGUAGAAAAUGUGGCCUCAGAGGUGGAGGAGAUGGAGGCUCCAAAGGAGGUGGCAGAAACCGAUGAAGAAACAGCCGAAAAAGAAUCAUCUAAUGAGGAAAAGAAAAGAAGAGAGAGACCAAGAUCCACUCGUCUCAUAAAACCUUUUGAGGCUGAGGAGGAGACAGUGAAAGAAGAGCAGCCAGCAGUUGAGAAACCUGCUGAGGUAAAGGAGAAGAUCUCACCACCUGAAAAGGAAGUGGUAGCUCCAGUGGUAGAAACAAGAGUCCUGAAGAGAGGAAGAAAAAGUGUACCAGCCACCCAGACUCCAAAACGCAAGUCCACAAGAAGAGUCAAACAACCUGUGGAAGAGGAGAAGGAGGAAGAGGUGGCUGAGGAAGAAGUAAAGGCAGCUGUAGUGGAAGCCAAAGUUCUGAGAAGAGGAAGGAGAUCUGCCCCUCCUGCCUCUGCCACACCUGGAUGCAAAUCCACUCCAACUGUUGUUGAAGCGGAAGAGGCAGAAAAAACAGAUGAAACGACAGAGGAGGAAGUAGACGACAAAGUCCAGGACAAAGCUGUUGAGGAAGAGAAGGCUGCAACAACAACAAGCCAAGAGGAAGAGGAAGUGGAAGCAGAAAGCAUUGAGGAGGUUGUGGAAGUUCCUCCGGUUGUGGAAACUGGAGCUAAGAGGGGCAGGACAAAAACAGUCGCAGCAGCCACACCCAAACGAAAGUCCUUACGAAGCAAGUCCUUUGUGGAUUAUAAGGAACAAGAUGCAGAGGAGGAGGAAACAGGAAAUGAACCCACAGUGGAAGAAGGGGAGGAUAAUGUAGUGGCAGAAGAGGCGAGCAUAGUAGAGGAGGAAGAACAAGAGGAAUGGGCCACGGUGGCUGAGGUUGCUGUUGUUGAGGAGACGGAGAAGCAGCCUGAGGAACACAAAUCAGAGAAAGUUAUCAGGAUUGAGGAUAUUGAAACCGAGGUGGAGACUCCCAAAGAGAAGCCAGUGGCAGAGCAUCAGCAAGAGAAUAAAGAAGUUGUUGCUGUUGCUGAAUCUGACAAAAAGGAGUUAGCUGAGGAUGUUGUUCACACAGCCACAGAGGACACAGCAGUAGAGCCUGAGCUUAGAGAGGAGAUUGCAGAGACUGUUACAACACAGACACUCAAGCUUCAGAAGGCCAUUGUGGUACUAGUGGACCUGAAGAAAACCUUGCAACCACAAGUGGAGGUAGAAAAUGUGGCAUCAGAGAUAGAGGUGGAAGAAGAGGCUCCAAAGGAGGUGUCAGGAACCGAUGAAGAAGAAAAAGAAACAGCCAAAGAACCCUCUAAGGAGGAAAAGAAAAGAAGAGGACGACCAAGAUCCACUCAUCUCAGAACACCUGUUGAGGCUGAGGAGGAGACAGUGAACGAGGAGCAGCCAGCAGUUGAGAAACCUGCUGAGGGAAAGGAGAAGAUCUCACCACCUGAAGAGGAAGAGGCAGGUCCAGUGGUAGAAACAAGAGUCCUGAGGAGAGGAAGAAAAAGUAUUCCAGCUACCCCGACUCCAAAACGCAAGUACACACGAAGAGGCAAACAACCCAAAGAAGAGAAGGAAGGGGAGGAAGAGCCAGCUGAGGAAGAUGAAGAUGCACCGGUAGUGGAAACCAUAGUUCUGAAGAGAGAUGGGGGCAGAUUUUCUGCUCUUGCUCCUGCCAAUCCCAGACGCAAAUCCACACAAGCCUGCAAAGAACCUGAGGAAGAGGAGGAGAAGGAAGGGGAGUUGGCUAAACCUGUUCAGGAAGCUUUGGAAGAAAAUGUAGAGAAAGAGAAAGCAGUGGAUGAAGCAGCAGCUGCAACAUUGGAGAGUGUGGGGAAGGAAAAGGGGGCAGAGGAAGCAAGAACUGAGGAAGAGGAAAAGGUGGAGGAAGAGAAGGAAGCGGAAACUGAAGCUGCAGCUGAAACUGUACCAGUGGAAGAGGAGAGUGUUGCAGAAGAAAAGGUGGUGGAGGGAGAAACAAUUCAGGAGGAGGAAAAGGUAGAGGAAGAAAAGGAGAUUGCAGAAACUAUUACAACACAGACACUCAAGCUUCAGAAAGCCACUGCAGUGCUGGUGGACUUGAAAAAAACUGUGGCCUCAGAGAUGGAGGAGGAGGCUCCAAACGAGGUGUCAGGAACCGAUGAAGACGAAGAAGAGAUCAAAGAAGAAACAGCCAAAGAACCCUCUAAGGAGGAAAAGAAAAGAAGAGGGCGACCAAGAUCCACUCAUCUCAGAACACCUGUUGAGGCUGAGGAGGAGACAGUGAACGAGGAGCAGCCAGCAGUUGAGAAACCUGCUGAGGGAAAGGAGAAGAUCUCACCACCUGAAGAGGAAGAGGCAGGUCCAGUGGUAGAAACAAGAGUCCUGAGGAGAGGAAGAAAAAGUAUUCCAGCUACCCCGACUCCAAAACGCAAGUACACACGAAGAGGCAAACAACCCAAAGAAGAGAAGGAAGGGGAGGAAGAGCCAGCUGAGGAAGAUGAAGAUGCACCGGUAGUGGAAACCAUAGUUCUGAAGAGAGAUGGGGGCAGAUUUUCUGCUCUUGCUCCUGCCAAUCCCAGACGCAAAUCCACACAAGCCUGCAAAGAACCUGAGGAAGAGGAGGAGAAGGAAGGGGAGUUGGCUAAACCUGUUCAGGAAGCUUUGGAAGAAAAUGUAGAGAAAGAGAAAGCAGUGGAUGAAGCAGCAGCUGCAACAUUGGAGAGUGUGGGGAAGGAAAAGGGGGCAGAGGAAGCAAGAACUGAGGAAGAGGAAAAGGUGGAGGAAGAGAAGGAAGCGGAAACUGAAGCUGCAGCUGAAACUGUACCAGUGGAAGAGGAGAGUGUUGCAGAAGAAAAGGUGGUGGAGGGAGAAACAAUUCAGGAGGAGGAAAAGGUAGAGGAAGAAAAGGAGAUUGCAGAAACUAUUACAACACAGACACUCAAGCUUCAGAAAGCCACUGCAGUGCUGGUGGACUUGAAAAAAACUGUGGCCUCAGAGAUGGAGGAGGAGGCUCCAAACGAGGUGUCAGGAACCGAUGAAGACGAAGAAGAGAUCAAAGAAGAAACAGCCAAAGAACCCUCUAAGGAGGAAAAGAAAAGAAGAGGACGACCAAGAUCCACUCAUCUCAGAACACCUGUUGAGGCUGAGGAGGAGACAGUGAACGAGGAGCAGCCAGCAGUUGAGAAACCUGCUGAGGGAAAGGAGAAGAUCUCACCACCUGAAGAGGAAGAGGCAGGUCCAGUGGUAGAAACAAGAGUCCUGAGGAGAGGAAGAAAAAGUAUUCCAGCUACCCCGACUCCAAAACGCAAGUACACACGAAGAGGCAAACAACCCAAAGAAGAGAAGGAAGGGGAGGAAGACCCAGCUGAGGAAGAUGAAGAUGCACCGGUAGUGAAAACCAUAGUUCUGAAGAGAGAUAGGGGCAGAUUUUCUGCUCUUGCUCCUGCCAAUCCCAGACGCAAAUCCACACAAGCCUGCAAAGAACCUGAGGAAGAGGAGGAGAAGGAAGGGGAGUUGGCUAAACCUGUUCAGGAAGCUUCAGCAGCCAAAGAACCCUCUAAGGAGGAAAAGAAAAGAAGAGGACGACCAAGAUCCACUCAUCUCAGAACACCUGUUGAGGCUGAGGAGGAGACAGUGAACGAGGAGCAGCCAGCAGUUGAGAAAUCUGCUGAGGAAAAGGAGAAGAUCUCACCACCUGAAGAGGAAGAGGCAGGUGGGGAAGAAGAAGCACUGGCACCAGUAGUGGAAGCCAAAGUUCUGAGGAGCGAAAGGACAUCUGCCUCUCCUCCUGCCCCUGCUACACCUAGACGCAAAUCCACACCAACUGUUGUUGAAGCGGAAGAGGCAGAAAAACCAGAUGAAACGACAGAGGAGGAAGUAGAUGACAAAGCCCAGGAAAAAGCUGUUGAGGAAGAGAAAGCCACAACAACAAACCAGGAGGAAGAGGAAGUGGAAGCAGAAAGCAUUGAGGAGGUUGUGAAAGUUCCUCCAGUUGAGGAAACUAGAGCUAAGAGGAGCAGGACAAAAACAGUCGCAGCAGCCACACCCAAACGAAAGUCCUUACGAAGCAAGUCCUUUGUGGAUUAUAAGGAACAAGAUGCAGAGGAGGAGGAAACAGGAAAUGAACCCACAGUGGAAGAAGGGGAGGAUAAUGUAGAGGCAGAAGAGGCGAGUGUAGUAGAGGAGGAGGAAAAAGAAAAAGAGGAAGGCUUCCCGGUGACUGAGGUUGCUUUUGUCGAGGAGUCAGAGAAGCAGCCUGAGGAACACAAAUCAGAGAAAGUCAUCAGGAUCGAGGUGGAGACUCCCAAAGAGAAGCCAAUGGCAGAGCAUCAGCAAGAGAAUAAAGAAGGAGAUGCUGCUGUUGCUGAAUCCGACAAAGAGGAGUUAGCUGAGGAUGUUGUUCACACAGCCACGGCGGACACAGCAGUAGAAGCUGAGCUUGGAGUGGAGAUUGGAGAGACUGUUGCAACACAGACACUCAAGCUUCAGAAAGCCACUGUGUUGCUGGUGGACCUGAAGAAAACCUUGCAAACACAAGUGGAGGUAGAACAUGUGGCCUCAGAGAUGGAGGAGAAGGCUCCAAAGGAGGUGGCAAGAACCAAUGAAGACAAAGGAGAGAACAACGAAGAAACAGGCAGACCAAGAUCCACUCGUAUCACAAAACCUGUUGAGGCUGAGGAGGCAGUGGAAGAGGAGCAGCCAGCAGUUGAGGAACCUGCUGUGGAACUGGAGAUCUCGCCACCUGAGAAUGAAGAGGAGGCUCCAGUUGUAGAAACACGAGUCUUGAGUAGAGGAAGAAAAAGUGUUCCAUUUACCCCGACUCCAAAACGCAAGUCCAAAAGAAGAGGCAAACAGCAUGAGGAAGCCAGAGAUCUGAGGAGAGGAAGGAAAGCUGCUUCUGCUCCUGGCACACCUAGACGCAAAUCCACACAUGCCACUAAAGAACCUGAAGAGGAGGAGUUGGCUGAAUCUGUUCGGGAAGCUGUGGAUGAAAAAGAGGAAGUAAAACCAGUGCAGGAGGAAAAGGCAGAGGAGAAAGCCACACUGAUGGAUAAAGAGGACAUGGUGGACGAAGCUGCAACAGUGGAGAGUGUGGAGGAAGAAAGGGUGGCAGCGGAAGCCAUAACUGAGGAAGACGGAAAGGUAGAGGAAGAGAAGGCAGAGGAAGCUGAAGCUGCAACAGUGGAGGAGGAGGAGAGUGUUGCAGAAGAAAAUGUGGAUGAAGAAGCAACAACUGAGGAAGAGGAAAAAGUAGAGGAAGAGAAGGAAGCGGAGAGAGUGGAAGAAGAAAAUAUUGAGGGAGCUGCAGUGGAAACUAUUAGUGUGGAAGAAAAGAUGGAGGAGGAAGUAGCAACCACAGAGGACGAAAAGGAAGAGGAAAAAGUAGAAGAAGAGAAGAAAGAGGAAACAGUUAUUGAACUAGCUGUAGAAAAACUAGCUGAGGAAGUUGCUGUGGUAGAAGAGGCAGAUAAAGUGGAGGAGAAAGAGGGAGCAAAGCCAGUUGAGGAAGAGAAGAAGACUUCACUCGAGGAGGAAGAGCAAGCUCCAGUAGAGGAGGAAGAGGAUGCUCCAGUUGUAGAAACAAGAGUUUUGAGGAGAGGAAGAAAAAGUAUUCCAGCUACUCUGACUGCAAAGCACAAGUCCACUAGAAGAGAGGAAGAGAAAGAGCCAGCUGUGGAAGAAAAGGAACCAGUAGUGGAAGCCAGAGUUAUGAGGAGAGGAAGCAGAGGCAGAUUUUCUGCUCCUGCCACUGCCACACACGGACGCAAAUCCACAAGAGCCCGCAAACAACCUGAGGAGGAGAAGGAAGAGGAGGUGGAGGCAGAAUUUGUAAAUGAGCAAAAGGUGGAGGAGGUGGUUGCACCUGUUCAGGAAGCUGUGGAGGAAAAAUUGGAGGAAGAGAAAGCAGUGGACGAAGCAGAAGCUGAAACUGCACCAGCGGAAGAGGAGAGUGUUGCUGAACAAAAUGUGGAGGAAGAAGCAAACCCCACAGAGGAAGAAAAGGUGGAAAAAGCAACAACUGAGGAAGAGGAAAGAGUUGAGGAAGAUAAGAAAGAGGUGGAAGCAGAAGAGGAAGAAAUUGUUGAAAUGAAUGUAGAACAACGAGCAGAUGUAGGUGAAGAGGCAGUUAAAGCAGAGGUGGUAACAGCAGUUGAAAGUGUUGCAGAUGAAGUGGUAGAAAAGCCAGUUGAGGAACCUGCUGAGGAAGAAGAGAAGACCUCACCACCUGAGGAAGAAGAGAAGACCUCACCACCUGAGGAAGAAGAGAAGACCUCACCACCUGAGGAAGAAGAGAAGACCUCACCACCUGAGGAGGAAGAGGUGGCUCCAGUUGUAGAAACAAGAGUCCUGAGGAGAGGAAGAAAAAGCAUUCCAGUAAUGCCUCCAAAACGCAAGUACACACGAAGAGGCAAACAAGCUGAGGAAGAAGAGGAGGAAGUAAAGCCAGCUGUGGAAGAAGAGGCUGCAGUUGUGGAAAGUGCUGCAGAUGACGAAGUAGAAAAAACAGUUGAGGAAGAGGAGAAGACCUCAGCACCUGAGGAGGAAGAGGUAGAUGAGGAAGAACAAGCUCCAGUUGUAGAAGCAAGAGUUCUAAGGAGUGGAGGAAAAAGUGUUUCAGUUUCUCCUCCAAAAAGCAAGUCGAGAAGAAAAGGUAAACAGCCUGAGGAAGUGGAGAAGCUGGAGGAGCCAGAAGAGGAAGAGGCAACUGAGGAGGAAGAAGAGGCACUCGUAGUGGAAGCCAGAGUUCUCAGGAAAGGAAGGAGAUCUGCCCCUACAACUGCCCUUGCUACACCUAAACGCAAAUCCACACGAGCCAGCAAGCAUCCUGAGGAAGAGGAGGAUGUGGAGGCAACGGCUGAACCUGCACCAGAAGCAAUGGAGGAAAAGGUGGAGGAAGAGAAGGAAGCGGAGAUAGUGGAAGAGGAGAAGGUUGAGGAAGCUGCAGCUGAAACUGCACCAGUGGAAGAGGAGAGUGUUGCAGAAGAAAAGGUGGAAGAAGUAAAAUCAGUGGAGGGAGAAGGAACAACUCUGGAAGAGGAAAAGGUGGAGGAAGAGAAGGAAACUGAGAUAGUGGAAGAAGACGUUGAGGAAGCUGCAGCUGAAACUGCACCAGUGAAAGAAAAUGUGGAGGAGGAAGCAGAAAAGGAAGCAAUUGUUGAAAUGACUGUAGAAAAACUAGCAGAUCUAGGUGAAGAGGCAGAAAACGUGGAGUUGGUAACAGCAGUGGAAAGUGUUGCAGAUGAAGUGAUAAAAAAGCCUGUUGAGGAACCUGCUGAGGAAGAAGAGAAGACCUCACUACCUGAGGAUGAAGACGAGACUCCAGUUGUAGAAACAAGAUUCCUGAGGAGAGGAAGAAAAAGCAUUCCAGUAACGCCUCCAAAACGCAAGUACACACGAAGAGGCAAACAACCUGAAGAAGAGAAAGAUGCGGAGGAAGAGCCAGCUGAGGAAGAAGAUGCACCAGUAGUGGAAACCAUAGUUCUGAAGAGGGAUAACGGAGGCAGAUUUUCUGCUCUUGCCCCUGCUCCUGCCACACCCAGAUGCAAAUCCACAGACGCCCGCAAAAAACCUGAGGAAGAGGAGGAGAAGGAAGAAGAGUUGGAGGUGGAAAAGGUAGAGGAGGAAAAGAUGGAGGCGGUGGCUGAACCUAUUCAGGAAGCUUUGGAAGUAGUGGAUGAAGCAGCAGCUGCAACAGUGAAGAGUGUGGGGGAAGAAAGGGUGGCAGAGGAACCAAUAACUGAGGAGGAGGGAAAGGUGGAGGAAGAGAAGGAAGCAGAAACUGAAGCUGCAGCUGAAACUGUACCAUUGGAAGAGGAGAGUGUUGCAGAAGAAAAAGUGGUGGAGGGAGAAACAAUUCAGGAAGAGGGAAAGGUAGAGGAAGAAAAGGGAAUUGCAGAAACUAUUACAACACAGACACUCAAGCUUCAGAAAGUCACUGUGGUGCUGGUGGACUUGAAAAAAAUCUUGCAACCACAAGUGGGGGUUGAAAAUGUGGCCUCGGAGGGGGGGGCUCCGAAGGAUGUGGCAGGAACUGAUGAAGACAAAGUUGAGGAACCUGCUGUGGAAGUGGAGAUCCCGCCACCUGAGGAUGAAGAGGAGGCUCCAGUUGUAGAAACAAGAGUUUUGAGGAGAGGAAGAAAAAGUAUUCCAGCUACUCCGACUCCAAAGCGCAAGUCCAAAAGAAGAGGCAAACAGCAUGAGGAAGAGGAGAAUGUGGAGGAGCCAGAGAAAAAAGAGGCAGCUGAGGAAGACGAAGAAGAGGCUCCAGUAGUGGAAGCCAGAGUUCUGAGGAGAGGUAGGAAAUCUGCUUCUGCUCCUGCCACACCUCGAUGCAAAUCCACACAUGCUACUAAAGAACCUGAAGAGGAGGAGUUGGCUGAAUCUGUUCGGGAAUCUUUGGAUGAAAAAGAGGAAGUAAAACCAGUGGAGGAGGAAAGGGCAGAAGAGAAAGCCACACUAAUGGAUGAAGAGGACAUGGUGGAGGAAGCUGCAACAGUGGAGAGUGCGGGGGAAGAAAGGGUGGCAGCGGAAGCCAUAACUGAGGAAGACGGAAAGAUAGAGGAAGAGAAGGAAGCGGAGAGAAUGGAAGAAGAAAAUAUUGAGGGAGCUGCAGCGGAAACUAUUAGUGUGGAAGAAAAGAUGGAGGAGGAAGCAACAACCACAGUGGAAGAAAAGGAAGAGGAAGAAGAGAAGAAAGAGGAAACAGUUAUUGAACUGGCUGUAGAAAAACUAGCUGAGGAAGUUGCUGUGGUAGAAGAGGCAGAUAAAGUGGAGGAGAAAGAGGGAGCAAAGCCAGUUGAGGAAGAGAAGAAGACUUCACCACCUGAGGCGGAAGAGCAAGCUCCAGUAGAGGAGGAAGAGGAUGCUCCAGUUGUAGAAACAAGAGUUUUGAGGAGAGGAAGAAAAAGUAUUCCAGCUACUCCGACUCCAAAGCGCAAGUCCACUAGAAGAGACAAACAAGCAGAGGAGAAAAACCCAGCUGUGGAAGAAAAGGAACCAGUAGUGGAAACCAGAGCUCUGAGGAGAGGAAGCAGAGGCAGAUUUUCUGCUCCUGUCCCUGCCACACACGGACGCAAAUCCACAAGAGCCCGCAAACAACCUGAGGAGGAGAAGGAUGAGGAGGUGGAGGCAGAAUUUGUAAAUGAGCAAAAGGUGGAGGAGGUGGUUGCACCUGUUCAGGAAGCUGUGGAGGAAAUAUUGGAGGAAGAAAAAACAGUGGACGAAGCAGAAGCUGAAACUGCACCAGCGGAAGAGGAGAGUGUUGCUGAACAAAAGGUGGUGGAGGGACAAACGAUUCAGGAAGAGAAGACUGCUACUGUGGAAGAAAAGGUGGAAGAAAAAAUACCUGAAAAAGAGGAAAAGGUUGAAGAAGGGAAGGAAGCUGAAGCUGAAACUGCACCAAUAGAAGAGGAGCGUGUUGCAGAAGAAAAGGUGGAGGAAAAAGCAAAACCCACAGAGGAAGAAAAGGUGGAAAAAGCAACAACUGAGGAAGAGGAAAGAGUUGAGGAAGAUAAGAAAGAGGUGGAAGCAGAAGAGGAAGAAAUUGGUGAAAUGGAUGUAGAAAAACUAGCAGAUGUAGGUGAAGAGGCAGUUAAAGCAGAGGUGGUAACAGCAGUGGAAAGUGUUGCAGAUGAAGUGGUAGAAAAGCCAGUUGAGGAACCUGCUGAGGAAGAAGAGAAGACCUCACCACCUGAGGAAGAAGAGAAGACCUCACCACCUGAGGAAGAAGAGAAGACCUCACUACCUGAGGAGGAAGAGGAGGCUCCAGUUGUAGAAACAAGAGUCCUGAGGAGAGGAAGAAAAAGUGUUCAAGUUUCUCCUCCAAAACUUAAGGCCACAAAAAGAGGCAAACAAGUCCAGGAAGAGGAAAACAUGGAGGAGCCAGAGGAUGAAGAAGCACCAGUAGUGGAAACCAGAGUUAUGAGAAAAGGAAAGAAAUCUGUCCCUGCUCCUGCCCCUGCCACACCUGGACGCAAAUCCAAACGAGCACGCAAAGAACCUGAAGAAGAGAAAGAGGAGAAUGAGGAGGGAAAGGUAGACGAUGCGGCUGCAACAGUGGAGAGUGUGGAGGAAGAAAAGGUGGAGGAGGCUGCGGUUGCAACAGUGGAGAGUGUGGAGGAAGAAAAGGUGGAGGAGGCUGCGGCUGCAACAGUGGAGAGUGUGGAGGAAGAAAAGGUGGAGGAGGCCGCGGCUGCAACAGUGGAUAGUGUGGAGGAAGAAAAGGUGGAGGAGGCCACGGCUGCAACAGAGGAGAGUGUAGAGGAAGAAAAGGUGGAGGAGGCUGCGGCUGCAACAGUGGAGAGUGUGGAGGAAGAAAAGGUGGAGGAAGUGAAUGAAUUGGAGGCAGAAGAAAAGGUUGAAGAGGAAACAAAAGCUGUGGAAGAAGCAAGAACUGAGGAAGAAGAAAAGGUGGAAGAAGCAAGAACUGAGGAAGAAGAAAAGGUGGAAGAAGCAAGAACUGAGGAAGAAGAAAAGUUGGAAGAAGCAAGAACUGAGGAAGAAGAAAAGGUGGAAGAAGCAACAACUGAGGAAGAAGAAAAGGUGGAAGAAGCAACAACUAAGGAAGAAGAAAAGGUGGAAGAAGCAACAACUAAGGAAGAAGAAAAGGUGGAAGAAGCAACAACUGAGGAAGAAGAAAAGGUGGAAGAAGCAACAACUGAGGAAGAAGAAAAGGUGGAAGAAGCAACAACUGCGGGGGCUGUGGUAGAGGAGGCUGAAAAAGUGGAGGUGGCGGCAACAGUGAUGGAAAGUGUUGCAGUAGAAGAGCCAGUUGAGGAAGCGAAGACCUCACAACCUGAGGAAGAAGCAGAGACUCCUGUUGUAGAAAUAAGGGUCCUGAGGCGAGGGGAAAAAAUAACUCCUGUAAAUCCUCCAAAACGUAGGUUCACACCAAGAGGCAAGCAAGCCGAGGAAAAGGAGAAGGAGGAAGAAAAAGUAGAGGAGGUGGCUGAACAUGUGCCGGAAGUUGUGGAGGAAAAGGAGGUGGCAGCUGAGGAAGAUGAGGCACCAUUAGUGGAAGCCAAAGUUCUGAGGAGAGGAAGGAGAUCUGCCACACCAAGACGCAAAUCCAAACGAGCCCGCAAAGAACCUGAAGAAGAGGAAAAUGUAGAGGAGGAAAACGCAGUGGAGGAGAAAAUGGUGGUUGAGGAGAAUAAGAUGGAGGAGGGAGAGGAAAAGGUUGAAGAGCCAGCAGAGAGUGCUGCUUCAGAGGCGAAUGAGGAAGAAGCCAUCGCACAGCAGUCAAAGGAGGUGGCAGAGCAAACAGAGUGGAAGGAAGAAGUAAAGAUCACUGCUGAAACAGAAGAAGAAAAGGUAGCUGAUAAAGAAACAGCUAAAGCGGUAGAGAAGAAGGAAGGAGACACCACCAAUGUGGAAAAAAAUACUGACAAGGCAACAGUAACUUCUGCUUCUCAAGAUGAAGUAGCUGGUAAUGCUUCAGAGGAAGAGAAGGGAGAAACUCCAGCGGUUGAAGCGGAAGAGGCAGAGAAAACAGAAGAAACGACAGAGGAAGUAGAAGACAAAGUCCAGGACAAAGCUGUUGAGGAAGAGGGUGAGAAUGCCACAACAACAACAAGCCAAGAGGAAGUGGUAGCAGAGAGCCUUGAGGAAGUUGUGGAAGUUCCUCCAGUUGUGGAAACUAGAGCAACGAGGAGCAGGACAAAAACAGUUGCACCAGCCACACCCAAACGAAAGUCCUUACGAAGCAAGUCUUCUGUGGAUUAUAAGGAACAGGAUGCAGAGGAGGAGGAAACAGGAAAUGAACCCACAGUGGAAGAAGGGGAGGAAAAUGUAAUGGCAGAAGAGGCGAGCAUAGUAGAGGAGGAGGAAAAAGAGGAGGAAGGGGCCCCGGUGGCUGAAGUUGCUGUUGUCGAGGAGACGGAGAAUCAGCCUGUGGUAACGAGAGUUCUGAGAGUGAGGUUAACUGCCACGCCCAUGGCCACACCCACACCCCAGCGUACAUCCACAAAACGCAGCAAAAUAGUUACACCUGAGAAGGUCGAGCCUGAGGUGGGCAUGCUUUCAUCAGAUGAAGAGCAAGAAGAGAGCCCUGUGGAAAAGAGAAACCUCCGGAAGAGAAAAAGCAUGGAACCAACACCUGUUCGCAGAUCCAAGCGCCGCAGCAGAACUUAGACUGCGGAGAAAGUAUUUUUUUGUUCAGUUUUAAAAAAUGCAUCUAUUUAGUGAAUAUUUCCUAUUAGACCAGAUUGUUUUCUUCUGUCUAUUUGUAAGUUUCUAAAAAGAAAAAUAGAAAAAAACUAUAUCACUUAACAUUUUUAUGUAAUUUUUCUGAAAGUCGAUAUGUAGUAUAUUUGAUAUCUUUUCAUAUUGUAUAUAUAUUUUACAUUUAACUACAAGUCUGUGAACAGUUUUUUGACCUUAGUGGCUGGUAACACGAUGCGUUUCAGUCUGAUAGGCUUUGGUUUGGACAUGAUCGGCUAAAACAAAAUUUAUUCCCUCAAAAUACUGCAUCCAUGAUCUGCUAAGACAUUUAUUUCCUCAAAAUACUGCAUCCAUGAUCUGCUAAAACAACAUUUAUUCCCCUCAAAAUACUGCAUCCAUGAUCUGCUAAAACAACAUUUAUUCCCCUCAAAAUACUGCAUCCAUGAUCUGCUAAGACAUUUAUUUCCUCAAAAUACUGCACCCAUGAUCUGCUAAGACAUUUAUUUCCUCAAAAUACUGCAUCCAUGAUCUGCUAAAACAACAUUUAUUCCCCUCAAAAUACUGCAUCCAUGAUCUGCUAAGACAUUUAUUUCCUCAAAAUACUGCAUCCAUGAUCUGCUAAAACAACAUUUAUUCCCCUCAAAAUACUGCAUCCAUGAUCUGCUAAAACAACAUUUAUUCCCCUCAAAAUACUGCAUCCAUGAUCUGCUAAGACAUUUAUUUCCUCAAAAUACUGCAUCCAUGAUCUGCUAAAACAACAUUUAUUCCCCUCAAAAUACUGCAUCCAUGAUCUGCUAAGACAUUUAUUUCCUCAAAAUACUGCAUCCAUGAUCGGCUAUAACAACAUUUAUUCCCUCAAAAUACUGCAUCCAUGAUCUGCUAAGACAUUUAUUCCCUCGAAAUACUGCAUCCAUGAUCUGCUAAGACAUUUAUUCCCUCAAAAUACUGCAUCCAUGAUCUGCUAAGACAUUUAUUCCCUCAAAAUACUGCAUCCAUGAUCGGCUAAGACAUUUAUUUCCUCAAAAUACUGCAUCCAUGAUCUGCUAAAACAACAUUUAUUCCCCUCAAAAUACUGCAUCCAUGAUCUGCUAAGACAUUUAUUUCCUCAAAAUACUGCAUCCAUGAUCUGCUAAAACAACAUUUAUUCCCCUCAAAAUACUGCAUCCAUGAUCUGCUAAAACAACAUUUAUUCCCCUCAAAAUACUGCAUCCAUGAUCUGCUAAGACAUUUAUUCCCUCAAAAUACUGCAUCCAUGAUCUGCUAAGACAUUUAUUCCCUCAAAAUACUGCAUCCAUGAUCGGCUAAGACAUUUAUUUCCUCAAAAUACUGCAUCCAUGAUCUGCUAAAACAACAUUUAUUCCCCUCAAAAUACUGCAUCCAUGAUCUGCUAAGACAUUUAUUUCCUCAAAAUACUGCAUCCAUGAUCGGCUAAAACAACAUUUAUUCCCCUCAAAAUACUGCAUCCAUGAUCUGCUAAAACAACAUUUAUUCCCCUCAAAAUACUGCAUCCAUGAUCUGCUAAGACAUUUAUUUCCUCAAAAUACUGCAUCCAUGAUCUGCUAAGACAUUUAUUUCCUCAAAAUACUGCAUCCAUGAUCUGCUAAGACAUUUAUUCCCUCAAAAUACUGCAUCCAUGAUCUGCUAAGACAUUUAUUCCCUCAAAAUACUGCAUCCAUGAUCUGCUAAGACAUUUAUUUCCUCAAAAUACUGCAUCCAUGAUCGGCUAAAACAACAUUUAUUCCCCUCAAAAUACUGCAUCCAUGAUCUGCUAAAACAACAUUUAUUCCCCUCAAAAUACUGCAUCCAUGAUCUGCUAAGACAUUUAUUUCCUCAAAAUACUGCAUCCAUGAUCUGCUAAGACAUUUAUUUCCUCAAAAUACUGCAUCCAUGAUCGGCUAUAACAACAUUUAUUCGCUCAAAAUACUGCAUCCAUGAUCUGCUAAGACAUUUAUUUCCUCAAAAUACUGCAUCCAUGAUCUGCUAAGACAUUUAUUCCCUCAAAAUACUGCAUCCAUGAUCUGCUAAGACAUUUAUUCCCUCAAAAUACUGCAUCCAUGAUCUGCUAAGACAUUUAUUCCCUCAAAAUACUGCAUCCAUGAUCGGCUAUAACAACAUUUAUUCGCUCAAAAUUAUCCUAACUUCAGAAUGCCAAAUGGUGUCUCCUCUAAUAAGAAUCAAGAAGCCUGUAAAUAAAUAAAUAUAUAUUUUUAAAUACAAAUGUAGUUAGAUUGGGACACACUAGCACUAAUCGUCACUAAGAAAAUAUUUUGGGCCACCAGGCUCCAUGCUCAAUCUGGAAUAUUUUAGUAAAUAUUGCUAUCUACAAUAGUGCAAAUACAUAAAAAAAACGUCAAUCGAAAGAACAUUGCUCAGAGAUGCACAAAAACAAUAGAAAAGCUCCCCUUUGCUAUAAGAUUAUUCAUAUUUUUUUUAAGCAAGCUAUGUUUAUUUUCAUUUUUUCUACAAAUUUCAGUGACAUUUCUUGUGGAAAUUUGGAACGCUUACAUUUUUACCCAUUAUACAAAUGUUUUCAACAGAACUCAGGAUAUAAAAUCACAUUUUAUUCAACAUAAUUCUUAAUUUGAAAUGUCUAAUGUCAACACAUUGUGUUACAUUUUGUGUGUAUUGAAAUAAUUGGUACACUUUGAACAUAUUUAGUGUAAAAAAAACAACUAAAUACACACUAAAAUAUUACCUCACUGAGCCGAUGAGGUAUACCAUUUCAGUUUGUAAUUUGAAAAGGAUGUUGUUCCUGUAUUAAUGCAAUAUCAUUUUAUAUACCAAUACAUGCAUGUAUAUCUUCACAUCUUGUAUGUUAACAUUUAUCAUUAAGGUUUUGAUAUACAGUAAGUAAAAUUUUAAUUACAGUAAAAAUAUGGUCAUACAGAAGAGUUUGUAAAAUAAAGUUUAAAAGUUUAAAAUAAAGUUUAUAAUAAAAUCUAUAAACUGAGCUAUGACGUUAAACUGUGAGGGUUUCUUUCUCGUGAGAGAUGUGAAAAUAGAUAGAAACUAUGAGUUUUCGUUUGUGUGUUAUCAUAAUAAUAUGAUAUAUCUUGUUUCAGACUUUCAAUGCUUUUGUUAUGUGUUUCAGUGCCCCACAAAGGCACAAGCCAGCUAUAGCCAGCAGUAGCCUGUCUUGCUCAAACAUUUUCAUUUAGCAAUGUUGUAUUUUAUGACAAACCUCUCCUUGCAUUAUGUGGAAUGAACUUAGGUAACUUUUCUCCUCUGACAAUGUGAUUUGUUAUGAUCUUUGGUAGAAAAUAAAGAUUUUCACUGUUUUACCUAUUUUUUAUGUUUUCUUUGGUUUCCUUUCUGGCUGUGUUACAGGGCCAUGUACAGACCUUUCAGGGAGCG